AUGGCCCAUUGGGGGCUUGACCCUAAUUCAUCCAUCCACUGUUUACUAUUCUCUGCUCUCCACAGCGCAAGCAUAGUUCUCAAUUCUGAGCGCAACUCCGCAACCACCACCGCCACCUCCUCCGCCAUCACCAUCACCAUCACCAUCACCACCAGCAAUAGCAUUAUAAUUCCCUACUCUAUAACACCCUCUGUUUGCAGGCUCAAAUGUGUGACGUGGGGUGUGGAUGCGUUCCUCUCGGGAAGUUUACACUUGGAUGGCGUCACUGUUCGUUUGGCAGCCAAAGCUGAUGGACAUAAAACGGUCGCUACGGGCGCGUUGGCGUGCGCACCAAUCAGCCUCAGCGCCGUCGCCUCUAUUGCAGGCCUCCUGUUACCUCAAGUAAGUCCCAAGGCCUCGGAGGCCAUUUCAAAAAAAAAUUGCAAUCGACCCUUCGUAUUUCUUGGGGCCGUCAAGCUGUGGCGGUUUGUAGAACGCCUCGAAAGCGCCGAGCUCCCUUCCAACCACUCCUACUAG